UGUGCCCUGACCGGGAAUUGAACCAUGACCUCCUGGUUCAUAGGUCGAUACUCAACCACUGAGUCAUGCUGGCAGGGCAAAGCUAAUACUUUUGUCUAGGAAGCAGCCUAUUAGAUGUUAACUCUGUUUUAUAAUUUGUAUCUUACUCUCCUAAAUUCCAUAUAACUGAUGUCUUGUUGGGCACAAAAUUGAGUGUCCCAAAGGUUUAUUAAUAAUAGUAAUAGUUAUGUGUACAGGUAAUAUAUCCAGUAUCACAGUAUUGUGCUGUUUAUAAAAAUUUUUAGUUUUCAUAAAUUAGAUGAGUAUGUGCUGCUUCUUGAUUUAGGCAGGCCUUUAUAAAGUUAUAGUACCUAAUCUGUUAUUCCCACUUCUCCAUUAUUUUUGUGUCUUUUAAAAUAUAUAAUAUAUAUCAAGAUUUUCAAAUUAUCAUUUAGAAGCAGGUUUCUCUUGUAGAAAAACUAAUUUUCCUGCCUUUUACCAAAAAUAAACUCAUAGGGGAAGAAAAAACUAGAUCAUAGGGAAAUGCCUGCCAAAAAAUUAAUGCCAGCUAGUCUUUGAUGGGUGCCUGUUACAAAGUAGUAGAUACUGUAAAGCCUCUCUCCUCAAGGUAAAUUACUGUCUAGCUUGAUAUAUAAUUAAUGCCUAUCUGUAUAAAAACAAUAUAGACAAUACAAGGGGGUGUGUUAUGAGUUACGGAAAGUGUGCUAUAGAAAUUCAGAGAUGGGUGAAAAAGUUAGAGUGGGUUUGAGACUUGAAUUAGGUUAUUUUUGAAAGGUCAAAGUUCAGGCAAUUUAUUUUUGAUGUACAGAUAUGCUGGUGUUUUACUUGGUUUUAACAUAUGAUUUAUAGUUAUUUGUUUAUUUGUUCAUAUGUUUUUCAAGAAAAAGUCCUGUUCUUAGCUUGAGAACAAUCUGAUCUCUUGUGUUUCAUGUUUAACCUAAGUCACAAAUAAUGGUGAUAUUCUAAAAAAUAAAAAUAUAACACCAAAAUAAACUACUUGAAAGUUUUUUAGUGACUAGUGCUUAGUUUCCUAGAAUUCAUGAGCUAAAUUUCUGUUGAACUGAGUGCACAUGACCAUCCUGAGGGGUGCAUAUUAAGGAAAGAAAAUAUUUUUCAAAUGAGUAUUAGUGACUUUCAUCACCUUAUGAGUAAAUUAAAUAGUAGUACUUACAUGGCCUCUUUUCUUCCUACCCAAACUUCUCAAAGUAGCAACUUCUUAUUUGGUAACUUUUUGUUACCACUCAAAAUUAUAGAAAAUGAAAAUAAUCUAGAGACCAUUUAAUUUUGUGGGUGAUUUCUGUAGGUAAAGAGCUUUUGAGGAUAAUCUUGAGUAAUCUUUAUUUUCGAGUCCAGUAUUAUUACAUACUAUUAUACCCUAGAUAAGAAUGUUUCCCUAUUGUUUUCAGAGAUCCAACUCCAGUAAAAUAGUCUGUUCAUAAAUUAAGUUCCACAUUCAGUAUUGGAGGAAAUACUGGAUUUUGUCUUGUUGCUUCUUAAUUAGUUAGACAAUUUCAUUUGGACACUAUAUUUUGUCUAUAACAUGAAAAAAUUGGCCCAUGUUAAGUUUUUCCCAGUGGAAAGAAAUGAGUUUUCAUUUCUUUGAAGUUUUGUGAUUCUUUUAUGUCUUUUAACUACCAGUAAGUGCUGACUAUAAAGUUCCUUAGUAAAAUAAAGAAGAGGCUACAGUACUCCUAUUGACUUUGUACUGGGAGAUCUAGUGUUUUUUCCAGGACAUAGAAGAGGACAGUGGAUGGUAAGUGGCUUCCAUUUUAAUACAGUAACACUGCAAAAUUUACUGGUAGAUCUUAAUGUACUGUUUGGAAUUUGGAGCCUUGAACUAAAUUAUCCCUAAGGUUCCUUCUGACUCUGGUUCAACAUGACAUUGUUGAACAAAUAGUAAUUAAAAGAUGAGAAAUUACCUAUUUUUGCCAGUAAUUUUAAGGCAGCAUUUAUGUAAGGUGCUGAAAUCUUGAGCCCCUCCUAACCAUGAUUAAAGGCCAGCUAAGAUUAGCUGAAGGAGAAUUUUUUUAAUUUGUCGUUUACACUUUCUCAGUGCUUGACUACUUUUUUGUUUUUUGAAAAAGAUGCUAUAUUUGUUCUCUAUAACAGCAUUUAUGCUAUCUCAUAAAGGGAAUGGGAAAGACAUGCACAGUUGUUUACAUAUAAUAUUAAACAAGUGAUGCUAUUCUUCUUCAAGAAAAGAUUUUUGGUUUUAGCAUCUAGUUCCAUAUCUGGAAAUGACAAUUACUUCAUAAUGUAUUCAUCAGAAGUGUGCUGUGAACCAAAUGCCCCAAAAGAACAAAUCCUGAAAAUAUGUCUCUGUUAAGGAGGACCUUCUGGCUUAAUUAAACUAAGCUUGUUUAAUUGUCAGAAAGACAAAUGAAGCAUAUUUUUCAGUUUGUCAUAAAUUCUUCUAGGGGCAAAAUUACCUCAUGCUAAUAUCUUUGUGUCCAUGAAUAACAUCUAGACAUCUCAAAGCUUUUUAUAUACUGUCUGAUGUCCGUUUAAACUAAGGAGAGGGAUGCCAUGGGAAACAGAAUAGCUAUUAUUCCACAGUUAAUAAGUUUGGCAGAGCUAGAAAUAACCUAGUUUUCCUCCUACUGCAAUUUUCAGAAUGUUUGUCCCUUGGUACCUACCACUCGGGCUAGCUACAGUCAUAUUCUGGUACAUUUGGUACUUCCUUAUGACCUUGCUAUCCGGUUGCAAUUUCAGCCUAUAUGAAUAUAUCUUUUUAGCCAUUUAUUCUCCACUCAUCCCACCUAGUGGAUUUGUAAUGUAGUGUGUACCACUUCAGUACCAAGAGGCUGUAUGUUUUAUUAGACGUUGUAUACAAGUCUGGUGCAAUAGUCAGUGUAGUUUUGUUUCACCCUUUGCCACCUUCCCAAGGGACAAACACAUUAGCAACCUUGGUGUAUGUUCCCAUUUCCUUAUUGAUUAAUGUGUUAAUUGGACAGUUUGAAUGAGCAGCAGAAUUGAGCUCCACCACCAUAUAGGAUUACUUUGUUUCUACAAAUUUAGAAGGCAUGUACAAAACUAAUUCAAUAUCAUAGGAAUACUUCCCAUGAGAUUUUUGAUCUGUUAGUAGUUCUCAGGAUAGGAAGUACAAUGUCUCCCAGUAGCUGCUCUUUGGUUUUAUCUUCUAACAUGAUCAUCAUGGCAAUACAGAUAGUUUGAAUACAUCUGAACCUAUUCAAUAACCUUGGAAUAUUUACUCAGACAACCACCAUGUCAAGUGACUUUAAAACCAUACUUUUGUAUAGUACUUUUUAGUCACUCUAUUCUGAGGUGUUAUCUCCAUUUUAUAGAUGAGGAAACUGGCUUAGACUGGUUAAAGAAACUUGUUGAAACUUACACAGUCUUGUAACUUGCCAAAGCAAAAAGCUCAAGUGCAGAUUGCCUACUAUGCUAUAUUGUCAAUAAAUGUGGGAACUGAAAAAUCCAAACAUUGUGACCCCCAAAACCCAUUUUUCUUCUUUGGCUUUUUGUGAUAUAAAAAUGGUUCCAUUUAAUUUUUUUUUUUUAAAAAGAUCAACUAGGUAAUAUAAUCAUGUAAUUCAAAAGUCAAAGGGUACAAAAAGAUAUAGAUGAAGAGUUUUUCCUACCCUUGUCCCUCACCAUUCAGUUCCUCUACCUGAAGGCAUUCACUUACUACUUGUCUGUAUGUUUUCCCAGAGGUAUUGUAUGCAUAUAUAAGCAAACACAUACAUAUAGCCCCCCUUUUUUUACUCAGCUUACUGUGUACAUUGUUCUGCACUUUGUUAUUGCACUAAAUAUAUUUUUAGAAUUGUUCAGUUGCAGUCCAUAGAGAACUUGGUCAUCUUUGAGACUGUUGCACAGUUUUCCAUUGAAUGGAUGUAUCAAAUUUGUGGAUAUUUAAGUUGUUUUCAGUAUUUUGUUAUUAUAAGCAAUGUUGCAGUAAAUAUACACAUACUUGAGCAUACAUAGCAUUGAGGAUACCAUUUAUAUACAUUCAAUUGCUGUGCUAAAGGGAAUGUGCAUUUAUGAUUUCAUUUGCGUUCCCCAAAGGUUGUACCAAUUUAUAUUCCUACUAGCAAUGUAUUGAGAGUGCCUAUUUCCCCACGAUCUUAACAAAACAAGUGUGUUCUCAACCUUGUGGAUGUUUACCAAUCUGGUAGGUCAAAAAUGUUACUUCAGUGUGCUUUUAAAAAAUAAACUUUAUUUUUAGAAUAGUUUUAGGUUUACAGAAAAGUUGCACAGUACAGAAUUCCAUAUACCUCCACUCAGUUUCCCUUAAUGUUAACAUAUUAAUAUAACUCUGGUAUAUUUGUCACAGCUCAUGACUCUUAUCAUUAACUAAAGUGUAAGUUUAUUCAUAUUUCCUUAGUUUUUACCUAGGGAGCCUUUUCUUUCCCAGGAUCUGGAUCCAUCUAGGAUACCACAUUGCAUUUAAUCAUUACCAUGUCUCUUUUGGUUCCUUUGGCUGUGACAGUUCCUCAGACUUUCCAUGUUUUUGAUGAACUUGACAGUUUUGAGGAUAACAGAUCAAGUUUUUUAUAGUCAGCGUACUUUGAAAUUUCCAUCUUGUGAGAUUAAACAUUUUUUUUUUCCAUAUACUUAAGAACAUCUGUAUUUCCAUUUCUGGGAACUAAGAGCCCAUGUUCUUAACCACUAUGCUAUACCCCUGUCUUGAUUCACCUCAAUUAAUAAAAGGUUUCGGGGCCUGAAUACACAUGGAUUUCUGAUUCUCCGGAAGUAAGUGUCUCGUAAGCCUCUGUUACAGAUAGAAGAGAACCAUUAGCGCAAGUGAUGUCCUCAGACUUAUGUCUGAUCAUUCCAGCUACACUGGAGGAUUGACCAAAAGCUCCACUGGAAACAGCAGCUCUGCGUUACUACAAUUCCCAGAGCCCCGCACUCCACCACAAUCCCCUCAGAGUCGGCCGCGCAGAGUUCUGGGACUUGAAGUCCGCGGCCUAUUUACCCAAGUUAGAGAAAAGGGCCUGUGGAAACAUGAAGAGGGUAAACAGCUGUGUGAAGAGUGAUGAGCAUGUCCUGGAAGAGUUGGAAACAGAAGGGGAGAGGCAGCUGAAAAGCCUCCUUCAGCAUCAACUUGACACCUCUGUCUCCUUUGAGGAAUGUGUAUCUAAGAAAGAGAGCUUUGCUCCUGGUACUAUGUACAAGCCCUUUGGGAAGGAAGCAGCUGGGACUAUGACUUUAUCCCAGUUCCAAACACUGCAUGAAAAGGACCAGGAAACUGCUGCUCUUAGGGAACUAGGGCUCAAUGAAACAGAGAUCUUAAUCUGGAAGAGCCAUGUUUCAGGUGAAAAGAGGACAAGACUGAGGGCAACCCCUGAAGCAAUACAAAACUGUCUUCAAGAUAUUGAAGAAAGGAUCUCGGAGCGCCAGCGCAUCCUUUGCCUGCCACAGAGAUUUGCAAAGAGCAAACAGCUGACCCGGCGAGAAAUGGAAAUAGAAAAGUCUUUAUUUCAGGGAGCUGAUCGUCACUCCUUCCUUAAGGCUCUUUAUUACCAAGAUGAACCCCAAAAGAAGAACAAAGGUGAUCCCAUGAACAACCUGGAAAAUUUUUACCAAGAGAUGAUAAUGAAAAAACGUCUUGAAGAGUUCCAACUUAUGAGAGGUGAACCCUUUGCUUCCCACUCACUGGUCUCAGCUACAUCAGUGGGAGAUAGUGACACAGCUGAGAACCCGCCAUUACUCCAGGACAAGGGAGAACAGGCAGCACAGGGUAAAGGUCCCAGUCUCCAUGUGGCAAAAGUUUUUGAUAAUUCACCUGAGCAUUGUUGGACUGGGCCUAAGAAGCUGACGCAGCCAAUAGAAUUUGUCCCAGAAGAUGAGAUCCAGAGAAAUCGUUUGUCAGAGGAAGAGAUCCGAAAAAUUCCUAUGUUUUCUUCAUAUAAUCCAGGGGAGCCAAACAAGGUGUUAUACCUGAAGAACCUUAGCCCUCGGGUGACCGAAAGAGAUCUUGUCUCAUUGUUCGCUCGAUUCCAGGAGAAAAAAGGACCUCUAAUUCAAUUUCGAAUGAUGACUGGCCGAAUGAGGGGGCAAGCUUUUAUCACCUUUCCCAAUAAGGAGAUAGCAUGGCAAGCGUUUCAUCUAAUAAAUGGAUAUAAACUACAUGGGAAAAUUUUGGUGAUAGAAUUUGGAAAGAACAAAAAGCAACAGUCUGAUCUCCAGGCUGCUUCUCUCAGAUCAUCUGCUACAGAAAGCACUACAGAAAUCAGUGGUAGCUAGAAGAACUAUAGAUUAUGAGUCCCAGGAAGUCUUUCUUGAUCAGAAUCUUGCAUCUAGAAUUUCUAUAUAGAUAGCAAUGUGUUUGAAAUUGAAGAGAAACUGGAAGAAAACAGUCUAAUUAAGAUAAUCCCUUUAGCUUUUGGAAGAAUUGGUAAAAAACACUUUCUAUAUUCAAAGACUAUAUAGGACAGACAAGAUACUGAGUGUGAAGGGUAGAGUACAAAGAGUAUCAUUUUCUCAGGAUAAAUUGCAAAGGAUUAUUUCCAAGGAUUUUUUUUAAAUCUUCAUAGUUGAUCUGUGGUCUUAAUACCUAUUCCUAGAGAUAACAUUCUUUCCAAGACUGCCACCUAUAUGCAGAACUAAAAAAACUAAAUGUUGAAA